GACUCAGAUUCCAGAAGCGAGUCAGAGUGGUGGCAGCAGUGCAGGAUCUUGCAGCAUUCUGGAACUUUUCAAAAGAUUGGUUUAACUGAUUUACACAAAAAUUGAGAUGGCAAAACAAUUCCUCAAUCAGUUUCAUCGCCCUUUGGAUUAUAUUCAAACUGGUCAAGUUUGCGAAUUGUAGGCUGACUUUCGAGUCUUGAAGGAUGGAGAUGGAAAGAUAACAAAUCGAAUGUUUAUAUAUCAUCGAGCUACUUUAGAUGUCGAUGAUUUUAUUCUGGAAACAUAUUCAUUCGAUCGAUUUGAUAUCUUUUUGAUUGAAGUUAUAAUUAUCAUUUUUUUACCCAAUCCAAAAUAUUCUUCAGUGCAAUCUAUUCAAUUUAUCUCGUAACUCUUCGCAAGUUUUUUUUCCAAAUCAUCUAAUAGCUAUACGGUCUGUGAUCGUCUUGAAUUCAGAUAAUUUUUAAAACAUCAACACUUCUUCAUAUCAACAAGACAGAGACAUGUCUACGCUUUCAAGCUUACCUAUCGAAUUACAAUACCAACUGAUCAAAACGUGCCAUCAAUCAGGUCAAGACAUUUUAGCAAAGCUUUCACAAUUAGAUCGAUUUUAUCAUCAAUUAUCAAAACCAUUAUUAAAUUCUGAAAUUAACUUAAGAUCACAAGAUGAAGAUUAUAACUUGAAUCAAUUAGAAAGAUUCAAAUUUAACUUUAUACCAUUUCAUCGAUUAGAAAUCAAAUCGAUUUCUUUCAAGUUUUUAAAUCAUUGUGAUUUUAGAAUCGAUGAAAACUUAGCUGAAAUUUUAUCUUUGAGUGGUUUAAUUGAAAAAUUAGAAAUUUCUUAUGAUUUUGGAAACCAAAUUGAAGAGAAUUUUUUAGAUACAAUUGAAUCUAUUUCAAAACUAUCACAUUUGAAUACAUUAAUUAUUAAAGGUCCUAGUGAUUCAUCUGAUUCCAAUUCUCAACAUCAAUAUCCUCAAGUUUCAUUAAUUUUAAAGAAUUUAACGAAUUUUAAAAAACUUCAAAGGAUUUGUUUUCAAAGAGUUCAGAUCUUGGUUUUACCUGAUGAAUUUAAUUUUGGAUUUGAUCAAGGUUCUAUUGAUUUAGAAAUUAUUGAUUGUCAAUUUAUUUCAAGCUCAAACUCAUCAAAUUUACAAGAUUUACAAAAAUUAAAAACUGAUCAAAUUUAUGGUUUAAAUUCUUUUUUAAAAACCGUUUCUGUUUCAAUAAAAUCAUUAAAACUAAUCAAUUUAGAUUUUUUACAAAUCCAUUUAAAUUUAUUAGAAUUUGAUUUACCUAAUCUAUUAAAUCUUGAAAUUGAUUUUGGUAAACUUGAAUCAAGAGAAGAAGAAGAACUAGAAAAGCUCCAAAAUCAAUUUAAAUCGAUUUGUUUUCAAUCUUUAUGUUUAUCACAUCAAUUAAUUUCAUUAAAGAUUAAUCAUCAAUUCGAUUUAAAUUAUUUAUUUGAAUUUCAAAGCUUUUUUCAAUUUCAACAAAUCCUUUAUUCUUGAUUUUUACAUUGAAACACUUCUUUUGAUGAUCGUAAAAGGGAAAAUUAAUUAACUUGAUGAAAAAAUUGGUAUGAAAUAACAAAUGGAUAAAAGAUUAUAAAGAGGAGGAACAAAUUGAAUUGGGUUUUUGGGUUAAUGAUAUGUGUAAGAAUGGUUGUCUGUACGAUUUGGGUCAUUUUCUUUUAUUUCCUUUUAGUCUUUGAUUUUUGAUAAAUCAGCCGUCUCUAUUUUAUUGAUUUGUCUUGUUCACUUAAUGCUGUAAAAAUAAAAUGAUCCCAACAUAUUUGAAAGAUUGUUAUGCAAUUCUAUAUGAAUCAUCC